AGGUUUCUCAGUAAAAGAUUGUGAAACCAAACUUGCUGCAGGUAUACAUCAUGGUCAUUUGAAGGAAGAAGAGAGCUGUACUCUUGGAAGAUGAAGAUUCUUUGGGGAAUUCAUGCUAAUGCACUGGCAUAUUCUAUGACUACCUUAGGUGCUGGAAUGAUGAACAGCAUUUUUAAUUUCUACUACGUUAAGCUAUUCCUAAACCAAUACAAAAUUUCAGAAACAGGAUUUCAUGUAGCACAGGUCGUGUUCAUGAUCUGGAACGCCAUCAACGAUCCCCUUUUCGGGUACAUUCAGGACAACUCCCGGCUGGAGUGCUGCGCGAGGCGCCGGUUCUCCAUUUUGUGCGGAGCCCCUGUGUACGGCCUGGCCUUCCUGCUGCCGUGGUUCCCCUGGAGGCGCUACCAGGAGGGCGACUGCCUGUGCGACCUGCACCUCACCGUCGCCUGUGCCUUGGACGGCCUGCUGACCUUCGUGCUGCUGGCGCAGUGCGCGCUCUUCGCCGAGGGCGCCACCGGGCACGACGGCCGGCUCAGGCUCGUCAGGUACAACCAGGCGGCCACGCUGGUGGGCUCCAGCAGCCUUCUGUUCUGCGGGCUCGUGUCGGAUAAUAUGGAAAACUUCGCUUCCUUUCAGGCGUUCGCUGUUUUGGUCGCAGCGCUGGCGACAGCCUGUAUGUGUUGCGCAGGUAAAUACAGCACGAGUCAGUAUGAGCAGAGGGACGUUCGUACAGAGGAUGCUGAUCUGGAAAACAGUGGUGGAGCUUUCUCCUUGGCUUCGGUAGUUUCGUUGACCAAACAGAUCAUGACAGAGAAGAACUUUCUGUGUUUUGUAACAAUGAACUUCUUCCAAGUCUUCCACCUAGCCUUCUACAACAAUUUUAUGAUGAUCUUUGCGGAUAAUCUUAUUCCUAAGGAUGUCCUUUCUUCCUCAGUAAGAAGUAUCAUGUAUGGAGCAGGUUUUGUUUGUCCUCAGUGCCUUGUUCUUCUCAGUCAUGCUUUGUUGAAGAAGUUGGGUUAUUACAGAAUCAUCUUGUUUUCCUUUUACUAUGAAGGAGUAGCUGCUGCUGUCAUGUGUCUUCUAGGGCAAGAACACUAUUAUCUGCUGGCAUUUUAUGUCACAACAAACAUGGUAAUUGUGCAAGCUUCAUUUAGCUUGUUCAAUUUGCCUUUGGCAGAUAUUGUUGAUGCAGAUUUAAUAAAGCACAAGAGGAGAUUGCCACUUUCCUCUAUGGUUUUUGGUACCAAUGCUUUAUUUACCAAGCCUGCCCAGUCUUUGGCUCCAAUGGUUGUGGUUACAAUACUAAAUCAUUAUGGAUAUUAUAACCUGAAUAAUGUACCUGGUCAUCCUGAUAUAAGCAGGUCAUUUUUAGAUCUCCAUGAUGCCAUGUUCUACCUGGUCUGUCUGGUUCCCCUCUGCAUUGCAGUCCUGCAGAUCCUGACCUGGACUCCCUUUUCCAUCCAGAACAGCCACCUGGCAGCUCCACAGUAG